AUGGCUGAUAGUAGAAAGCCUCCAGCAUUCCCAGUUCCACGCACGAACGCUCCUCAAGUUGAUGAUCUCGCGGAUAAGAUGCAAAACAUGCGCUUCGCACCGCCAAACUACCCACCUUCAGGGUGGACUGGGGGCUUCAACCCUCAGCAGCUCCCACUCUCAGAACUUUCCAAGCAUGAUCCAUAUUUAGCAGCCAAUCAGCGGCCUGCAUUCAACAAGCCGCUGCCGCCCGCGCCACCCAAGAACUAUCCAGCACCGUCUGCGCCUCCAGGAGGCUUGUACCCUGCGCUACCACCACCUUCAAUGCCAACUCCAGAGCCGUUUCAACCUUCCAAGUCGGACUCCUCUCUUCCAGUGCGGAAAGGGACUCACAGGACGUCGUACCCAAUCCCACUAUCACCAUCUAUAGAUGCCCCUCCGUCUCUUCCUUCUAGCUCGAAGCCUCGACCAACCCGACGCCGUACGGGAUCCGACGACGGUGACGGAAUUCAAUGUGCGGGCAUCACCAAAGCCGGGAAGCGAUGCACCCGCAAAGUCAAAGCAGCCCCUCCUUUCUCUUCCAAUCUGGACCCGCUCGAAUCAGACGAAGGGGUUGAACGGUUCUGCUUCCAGCAUACAAAGGAGAUACUCUCUCAAACCGGCUUCUUCCCUUCGAAACCUCUCAGUGCCAUGGUAUCGUUUGAUACCUGGAUUUCGGACGAACUCCAGGAAGAUACGAGGGUUGCUCUUAGAGCGGAGAUGGAGAAACCUGUCUCGGCAGCAGAUAAUGUGGAUGGCUACAUCUAUUGCUACCAGAUCAUUAAUGUGGACACACCCAACCACGUCCAUCUCAAAGUCGGACGCUCGAAUAACUUUGUCUCUCGCGUAGGCCAAUGGGAGAAGCAAUGCCGAAGCAAACAGCUCGUGUUGCGCGGGUGUUGGCCAUUUGAUCCAAACUCGAGUAAUCUCAAAGGAAAGAUGCAACAGGGCGAAAAGGGUCCGCAUGUAAAUCGCCUCGAGCGAUUAAUCCACCUCGAGCUUGCGGAUAUUGCAAAGAAUGCGCCAUACCUUCGACCCGGCUGGCCUGGUCCUACCACUGGUCCUGAUGUCGGCACCUCCAAGAAGAAGAAAAAGGAGCCUGAUGUCAGUCUCUCUGGAAAGCCGUGCCCGGACUGUAGUCGCGUGCACAAGGAAAUCUUCACUUUUGUCAAGGCUACUGGCGAGCUUGAAAAUGCAGAGUGGCAGAAGAUUGUUCUGCCUGUCAUUGAGAAAUGGGGACAUUUUGUACAAGACUAUCUCUAA